AGUGACAAUAGUAUUUGAUUGGAAAUUUUGGCGUUGAACCGUUACAUGUCACCAUUGUCCGAAUCGGCCGUUGUUUGUAUUUUCUGGAAAAUUUGGAUGUCGUCGCUGAGUUCCUUGUGCCGACGUUUCCGCCCGAUGGGUCACCUGCUGGUCAUCGGCUGUGUCCUCAUUUACUGCGCCUGUUCGAUUAUUGCGUUGAACCGGAAAGUCGUGUCCGUCUGGCUGACGGACCGGUUCGUUCAUCAUCGGCAACAUCGAAUACUGAAUAGGCCUAUUCAGACGAAAUCUGAUGCCGACCAUCAGCCGAUCGAUCGACGGACCUGUUGCCUUUUGUCUGCCCAUCGACCGGAAGACAUUUGCGGGCGACCCAAUUGCACGUCGUGUCCGUCUCCUCGUCAUUUAAACCCGUUGAAGAGCGACGGGCCAAACGCCUUUUUCAUCGAAACGUCCGACAGUGGCGGUUUGAACAUCCGCCAGGCCUGCGCCGUCGAGUCGCUGGCUUUUCACAAUCCCAAUCUGACUGUCAACGUCCUUUUCAUGGUGGACGAAGACGGCCAUCAGAAGCAAAUCAGAAAUAAAAACAAAGUGCUGGCCAAAACGCUCGAAAAGUUGAAAUCGAAAUACAAAAAUGUUGAGUUCAUCGUUGCCGAUUUGGCCGAGUACAUGGCCGGCACGUCGAUGGAGAAAUGGUUCCACUGCACCGACUGGCGGACAGGGCCCUACCACGUCUCCCACCUGAGCGACGGCCUGCGCUUCCUAACCCUGAACAAGUACGGCGGCUAUUACUUCGAUCUAGAUGUCAUCCUGGUCCGGCCCGUCACUUUUUACCGCAACUUUUUGGCCGCCGAGUCGGGCAGCGAAUUCGGAAGCAGUGUCAUUCACGCCGACUACGGACAUCCCAUUAUGCAACUGGCCGUCAACGACUUCCCCUCCAAUUACAAUAAAAAUGCAUGGACGCACAACGGACCUGAUUUGUUAAUGCGGGUCAUGAAAACCUAUUGCGGAGAAGAGAAUUUCAAUGCGAUUAAUUACGUCAGUUGCCGAGGGUUUGGUGCCCUGCCGACCUCGACGUUUUCUCCCAUCCACUGGAGCAAUUGGCAAUCGUUUUUCAACCAAAGGCCGGCCAAUGAAACUGGGGCGCCAAGUUGGAUCACCAAUCAAGUCGUCGGCGUCCACAUUUGGAACAAACUGAGUUUCAACGAAACGGCCUACAAGAAUUCGACGCAGGAAUACGUCCGGCUGGUCAGGCACAAUUGUCCCGAAAUCUUCUCCAUCGCUCCCGAAACAUUUUAAUCAUAAGUAGAGUCCUUAAUAUCCAAUAAGUCGAUGUAACACUGCUGUAAAUCCACUGUUACCGUUAAUGAUACAUAUUAGGCUACCAACAAC